AUGAGUGACGGCACACUAGGACAAUAUCAAAGGAGAGCGUCGUUAUCAGACGCCUUGGGAGAUCCUGCAAGACGAGCCACUGUAGAUGAACAUCGGAGGAAAACUCUUGCGAGAAUAGGAGGUAAAGCUAGCGUGGGUUCGACCAGGCUAGGAGAAGAUGUGAUCGUAGAAGAGGAGGAAAUAUCAUCUGAAGAGAGUGGAGUAGACCCUGGGACGAGGCAAACGGACUCUGGUGAUGUGGAUCUUGAGCGUCAAGGCAAUUAUGGGACGAUUGAUCCAGAGCAAGGAAGUAGCAAGGGCAACAAGGAUAGUAAGAGAAAGCCGCCGCCAGGGAGGGGUGAGUCGUACUUCAAGGAGAUGAGUUGGGAGUAA